CGCAGCAGCAAUUCAUGGUACCUGCACGAGCUUCGGGGAUAAAGGUGCGCCGAUGGGUAGCCGUCGGAGUAACAUGCGAGGUGCAGUAAGUUAUGGGAAUGAGCAGCAGCCACAUGUAGAGGUUGUGGUGAAGGCAGAAGGUGAACAGCCUUCUUCCUCCGCUACUCCCCCUCCACCUCUGACUGCUACUCAGCGGCUGAAGAAGGAGGCAGAAGAACAACUCAGACUGAAGAAGGAGGCAGAAGAACAGCUCAGACUGCAACAGGCCAGAGUGGCUGAAUUGGAACGGCUGGAGGUUGCUGAGCUAGAGGCUGCAACAGAUCACUCCAGAAGGGAGUAUCUGUUGCAUCAGCUAGACAAGUCUCUUGCUGAUGAUCGAUGCUCCCAGGUCACCAAGCACAUGGCUGAGAUGAUCCUGCUGGAGCCAAAGAUCACCAGCUCCCAGUUCACAAACUGGGAUGAUCGUUUUGUGCGGCUGGAGCGUCGGGUUGACGAGCUGUCAGCUCAGCAGUCCAAGAUACUAGACUCUAUCCUGGCCUUGUCUGCUCAGCUGGCAGCCGCCAAAUUGAUUACUCCUCAGCUUCCUCUGCUGAAACCCAAAACCUCUCCGCCUCCUUCACCAUCGCCUUCCCCUCCUACAUAUCAUGGGGGAUCUGUACAUUCUUCCCGGUCAUCUACUCCUUCCCAAAAGGCCUCAGCAAAGGCCACCUAUGCUGCUGUGACUGCAGCAGACAAAGGUCCCAAGAUCCCUGCUCCCAACAAGUUCAGGGGCGAUGACCCCAAGACUGAUGUUGGGGACUGGGCUGCUUGUCUGUGCAGAACAGACCAAGUGAUCAGCAUCAGGGAGAAAGUCAAAGGCAUUCCUGUGACCUUUGACACUGCUGGGAAAGUCAGACACAGUCUGAACUUUUAUGUCUUCCCUGAGCUGCCCUUUGAGUUGGUGUUCUCCAUGCAGUGGUUGAGGGCUAUCAACCCUAGGAUCGACAGGCAGAUUCCUAGAGUUGAGCUAUCAGACCGCCAGGGUGUGUAUCAGCAGUGCAUGAUUGCUGUUGAACAUCACCCUAAGACCUCCUGCUACUGCCUGAGAGCGAGGGAGUUCCAUGCUCUCUCUCGCCAGUACCACCAUGAGCGUUUGUUCAUUGCUUUGGUCAAGCAAACAGAUGUUCCCCCUGUUUCCUGUCCUCCUGAGAUACAGCAGGUAAUGGAUCAGUAUGUUGAUCUGGUGCAGGAGCCCUUUGGGUUACCCAACCGACCAACCAAGCAUCACAUCGAGCUGCUGCCUGGAGCGGUCCCUCCUAAGUGUCGCGUCUACAGGAUGUCCCCUGCUGAGCUCGAGGAGCUCAGAAAGCAGCUUGAGACCCUGACCAGCAAGGGCUGGAUAAGACCCAACACAUCUGAGUUCGGUGCACCUGUUCUCUUUGUACCCAAAGGAAAUGGCGAGUUCAGGAUGUGCAUUGACUACAGGGGCCUCAACAAGAUCACUAGGAAGAGUAUUAAGCCACUUCCUAGGAUCGAUGACCUCCUGGAUAUGGUGCAGGGAUGCACAGUGUUCAGCAAAGUCGACCUCAAGUCUGGCUACCACCAGAUUGAGAUGGCAGAGGAGGAUGUCUACAAGACAACCUUCAAGACCAGGUAUGGGAUUUACGAGUUCCUAGUCACGCCAUUUGGACUUUGCAAUGCCCCAGGCACAUUCCAGACAGAGAUGCACCGCAUCUUCAGGCCUUACCUGGACAAGUUUAUGGUUGUCUACCUGGAUGAUAUCCUGGUAUUCAUCAAAACUGCCAGGGAACAUGCGGAGCACUUGGCUCUAGUUCUUCAGUCGUUACGCAACAGCCAGUACAAGAUCAACAGAGAGAAGUCCUCUUUUGGAGUUCCCUCUGUCAUCUAUCUGGGUAACGUAAUCUCUAGAGAUGGCCUGGCUCCUGAAGCAGCCAAGAUUGCUGCUAUUCAGGAGUGGCCCCAGCCACAGACAGUGAGGGAUGUCCGGUCCUUCAUGGGUUUGGCCUCCUACUACAGAAAGUUUGUCAGGAACUUUUCUGCAGUGGCCGCACCCCUGACCAACCUAACAAAGAAGGACACUCCCUUUCUUUGGUCCCUCCACUGUCAACUGGCCUUCACACGACUCAAGAAGGCCUUGACUCGUGCGCCUGUCCUGAAGUUACCUGACCCCACUUUGCCAUUUAUCCUGACCACUUACGCCAGUCAGUAUGGCAUUGGGGCAGUACUUCAGCAGGAUGAUGGGAAUGGUCUACGGCCUGUAGAGUUUAUGAGUAAGAAGAUCAAGACUCAAAAGCUCCAGGACUCUACCUACGAGAAAGAGCUGUAUGCUCUUGUCUGUGCCCUGAAACAUUGGAAGCACUUUCUACUGGGCAGGCACUUCAAGAUCUUUUCAGAUCACUCCACCCUACAGUGGAUGAAGUCCCAAGGAGAGUUGAACGAUAAACUGGCACGGUACAUUCAGUUCAUAGACAUGUUUGACUUUGAACUGAAACACAAGAAGGGCUGCUACAACAAAGUGGCAGAUGCCCUCUCGCGUAGGCCUGACUCUUUUGCUCCGAUCUCCUCUACGCGCUCCUUUGGAGAGGAGACUCGUCAGACCAUUGCUCGUCUACUGCCUCAAGACGUCCCUACCGGUUACACUGGGGACGUCGGGAACUGUGACAACAAGAGAGGCAUGCGAGUUCCUAACAGUGACGAAGGAGGACUUUGAUAGCAUUCUUAAGAACUUGCGCGCUGAUGAAGUGGAAGAAAAGAUAAAAUUCUUGGAGGAAUGAAUAAAAUGCUGCGCAAGCC